GAUAGAGUAGGAGGACAAACGCAUGAAAAAAAUGAGCCAUACCAUCUGCUGCUGUUCCAGUGAUGUACAGACAGAUGUGGGAAACGCGCACCGCUCACGCCAUGUGUUGAACGCUGCGGGUCCGAGCGCUUCCGAACAGCUGUGCGCUUGAUAACCAAUGACAAACAGAAAACGCGGUGCGGAGCUGGUGGUACGCUUAGCGCUGGUUUUUAAACCAUCGACAGAACGCGCAUGCCGUAGCGAUGAGAGGGUCAGCGAUUCCUGCGCUGUGAACGAAAGGAUGCUGCAUCCACCGAGCCGUCGCGUUCAUGGAUUAAACUGGACUCCGGGACACACCUGUAGAUUUUUCACCUGCUGUGCAUGAUGCCUUAUCUGAGACAUUUACUGGUUUUAGUGGUCUGUCUGGACUCGUUUGGGGAAUGCCGAAAUAAACACAACACGAGAGAGAGGAGGUGGACGGGUCCCGUGGAAACUCAGAAGCAUGGCACCUCCUUGGCGAAGAAGCCACCAGACGUGACGAAAUCACGGAGACUGAAAACAGAACAGUUAUUGAAAGUGGAUGAUCAUGACUUCACUAUGAGACCAGCAUUUGCAGGUCCUGCUAUUCCAGUUGGAGUUGAUGUGCAAGUGGAAAGUUUGGACAGUAUUUCGGAAGUUGACAUGGACUUCACUAUGACAUUAUACCUGAGACACUAUUGGAAGGAUGAGCGCCUGUCCUUCGCCAGCUCCACAAAUAAAAGCAUGACUUUUGACGGGCGUCUGGUAAAGAAGAUCUGGGUUCCCGAUGUGUUCUUCGUCCACUCCAAGAGAUCUUUUAUUCAUGACACAACCACAGAAAAUAUCAUGCUGAGAGUGUUUCCUGAUGGGCACGUUCUAUACAGCCUGAGGGUCACCGUUACAGCAGCCUGCAACAUGGACUUCAGCCGUUUCCCGCUGGAUUCCCAGACCUGCUCUCUCGAACUGGAGAGCUACGCCUACACGGAUGAGGAUCUGAUGCUCUACUGGAAAAGUGGAGAUGAGUCUUUGAGCAUAGAUGAGAAAAUCUCCCUCUCCCAGUUUCUUAUACAGAAGUUUCAUACUACCUCUCGACUGGCGUUUUAUAGCAGCACAGGAUGGUAUAACCGCCUGUAUAUAAACUUUACGCUUCGCCGCCACAUCUUCUUCUUCCUGCUGCAAACUUAUUUCCCCGCUACGCUGAUGGUUAUGCUAUCCUGGGUGUCCUUCUGGAUUGAUCGCAGGGCCGUUCCAGCCAGAGUUUCACUGGGUAUCACCACGGUGCUCACCAUGUCUACCAUCAUCACUGGGGUGAACGCCUCUAUGCCCAGAGUUUCCUACAUCAAAGCUGUGGAUAUUUACCUCUGGGUCAGUUUUGUAUUUGUGUUCCUAUCUGUCUUGGAGUAUGCGGCGGUCAACUAUCUGACCACAGUCCAGGAGAGGAGAGAGCGGAAGCUGAGAGAACGUGCUAGAGAACAGUCAUUGCCCUGCACCUGCGGUAUGUCCCACACCAGGUCUAUGAUGUUGGAUGGGACCUACAGCGAAGCUGACACCAACAGCUUGGCUGGCUACACAGAAGCUCCCAUGGUUCCAGAGGAGGUGGUGCCAGAGAAACGGGAACAUAUGGUGGUUCACUUGUCAGUUAGCAAUGAGUCCAGCACCACCAAGAAGAAGGGCAUUCGCGGCUUACGCAUUAUACAGAACACGCACGCCAUUGAUAAGUACUCCCGUAUGAUCUUCCCAGGAGCCUAUAUAAUUUUCAACAUUAUUUACUGGUCGGUUUACUGCUGAUCACGCUCCGGCUACAGUAUGUGCUGGAGUGUCAUACUAUGUUGGACUUACGGUUUAUACAACCAUCAUUCUGACUUUUGAUACACAUCAAACAUUGGCUUAUGUGAACUGCAGUUACAUCUGUCACUUUUCCCUGAAGUCAAAUGGAAAGAUAUUGCAUGUAAAUUGUGUAGGUCUGUCUGUUGCAACAGACUUAAGUUUUUAAUUUAGGCCUUUUCAGGCUGAUGAAAAGUUACUUGUAAAGCCCAUCAGAUUUUGUACGGGCUUAUGUUACGUACUGUACAUCUAGAAAGCCUGUCGUUAGCUUUUGUUUAACAGGUUUGAUUUUGUUUUAAGUUGUCAUUUUUUCCACUUUUACUUUUUCACUUUUUGAAUUUGAAUUCUUAUAGCACCUCUCCAAGACGCCUACAAAGAAUAAAUCACAGACAAGUUAACCAAACAAUACAACACAAUACAUAUUAAAGACACAACGCAUCAAAGAAGGCAGUUCCUGCUUGAGCUAUAAUGCAAUGGUGUGAAAAAGUGAACGGCAUUCAGCAAAGCGGCACGUAUUUUGCAGCAGCCAACCUCCUCUGCUCGACCCAGAAUGUUAAGGAAUUAAAUCUGAGAAUGUCCAUUUGUGUCUAGCCAAAAAGACAUGAACAAAACAAAAACAGCUCUGGCUUAAGGUAGCAGCACAAAACGUCUUGCAUUCAUGUCUGUAUAAAUUUUAGUAAAAAAGGCAACUAAACAGAAAUGAGGCAUUGCUUAGCAGCCCUUUAAUUUUAUUUAUCUCCACAAUAUCCAGCUAUACGGCAAUUAAGAAAGAAGUCUGUUAAAACAAUCACACUUGAAAUGUAUCAUAUUUAUUUAAUUAUAACAUGGUAUGUAUGUUUUUGCAUAUGGAUGUGUGUUUGUAGAGCGUGUGUGCGUAUUUCAUAGCAUUGCAUUUCUCAUAGGACCAUGCAAAAAUAAACCCAGGGGUAAAAUCUUUGCGUAGGUCUUUACUGUGGCUCGUCUGCAUGCAUGUUACUUGAUUAUAUAUAUUUUAUAUCAAUUAUAUUUUAACAUGCACCUACAGAUUUGCUAUUAUACCUUACAGGAGUUUAAUUAGGCAGUGUAAUGAAUUCAAACGAUCUUGAAUACAACUUAAAACAGCCUUAUGUGCAACAUUACACAGUAAAGGUGUCUACUGACGUUUUAAUUAUAUAUUUACAGUAUAUGUUGGUUUGUUUUUCUUGGUGGAACAGCGUAGUGCACAUAGUCAAAUGCAAAACUUUUAAAUACUGUAAAUGAAGUCACUCUAAAUUAAAAUACUGUGAAUAUGUGCUUGAAGGUCUUGUUUAUUUAUUGGAAAGGUAACCACACCAUCACAUCUAAGACAAUUCUACUCCCCAGGAUGUUUAUGUAACUGUUAAGAAUGUAAAAUGUGUUGA